CUCAAAGCAGUUUGGAUCGGAGGAAGCGCACUUGCAUCGAUCCAACUAUCAAUUAGUAGUUUAGUUUUUUAGUCAAUUUUACCAAAGAGUCAUCGAGCAAACAAUGGCAUCCUUCAAGGUAGUGUGUAGUGUGUUGUGUGUGUUGGUCGCCGUCCAAACCGCCACCGCCGCCGAGGACGGAACUGUCCGUGCCCUGCGAAAAGUGUACUCCCUGUGUGAGGACAGUGACGAACUGCUCAAGUGUAUCAAGGUCCAAGCGCUGAAGCUGACCGACCGGGCCAUCAAGCUGCCAAGCAUCAAGCUGGUCGAUGGGCUGGCCGUCGUCAAGAAGGUCGAUGAGCAGCGUUCCCUGAACGAAGCCGCUCCACUCAACGAAUCCGAACUCAACAAAAUGUCCUCGGCCAAGAUCGACGAGCUGCUGUUCCAGCGUGCCGCCCGCUUCAUGGAUAGCCACCAGCUUUCGCUGAACGUGCCACGGAUGUUCGCCUCCGGACAGCAGGAAACCGGACGUCUGGUCGAGGAAGGUCGCAAGAAGAUGAAGAAGUACCUCGGACCAUUCCUCGCUGCAAUGGCUAUCAAGGGAGGUAUCCUGACCAUGGUCUACCACUCCAUCGCUAUCGUUGCCGGCAAGGCUCUGAUCAUCGGUAAGAUCGCUCUGGUCAUCUCCGCCAUCAUCGGUCUCAAGAAACUGGUCACCCCCGAGGGACACGAAAAGACCACCUACGAAAUCGUCAAGCACCCCCAUGUCCAGCAGAGCCAUUCGUACUCCUCCAACCACGGUGAAUUCGAUACCCACGAGGGAGGCCAGUUCCACCGCAGCUUCGGAAACUCGAUCAGCGACGAUAUGCAGAUGCAGGACCGCGCCUACCGAGCCCAUGUUCCCAAGAACUAAGCCGAGACAUCCAUCACCACCCCGAAAAGAAACACACACCCAAGGGAAACCCAAAACCCGUGCUCCAAUCGGUCAUUCCCCAAAACAAGAAAACCCCUCCUAGAAUUAAAAACAAAUCAUCCCCCCAGCGGAUGACGUGCGCACACUUCGAGAUCUCCAAUGAUCGACUACUCCAAACAAAAACAGAAACCGCAGCUUGUUGCAGCCAGCCAGGACAGCAAGGGGAACGCGAGCGCGGGCCAACGCGGGAAUCACCCAACACCCGAACCAACCCAAAGUUUUCACCAUUUCGAACCAACCGCCAAUAUGCCAAGUUUGGAACCGGUUAAGGUCGAAGCCCCCCUGCGUGUCCGCGCACUCGCCCCAAACGCUGUCCUUGUAUUUAUUUAUUGUAAUUGUAAUUAAUUUAUUUAUUAUUUAUUUUCCACCCACGAUCUGGUCCAAAUUGAGUUGUUAAAGAAAGCGCGAAAGGCGCGGCGAUGCGAGCGUGCCCAAAAUUUUGUAUGAGAUUCUGUCCAAGUAAAGAAGAAAAAAAAAUCAAUAAAAAUAAAAACCAGCGCCAGCAUGUCAAACAGCAUGUUUGAGUGUGAAUGAUGUGUAACAAUGCAAA